AUGCGAAAUGAGAUCAGGUUUGCUCUUAAUUUCAUUCAUAACUGUAAAAAAGCAACAGGAAAAAGAUUGUGGCACCACUAUUUUUGUCAGCGUAAUUUUGCCAGUGUUCUUGGUAUAGAAACGAGCUGUGACGAUACAGGUGCAGCUGUUAUAGAAACACCAGGAAAACUACUUGGAGAUUGUCUAUCUUCUCAAGCGAGGAUUAGUGUUAUGUUAGGUGGUGUACUACCGUCCGUAGCAGCUGAACUUCACAAAGAAAACAUUGAAUCAGUUGUAAAUACUGCUAUCGCCAAAUCUAACAUUGGGUUUCGGGAUUUAAAUUUUGUUGCUGUUACAGUAAAACCAGGUAUGCCACUAUCUCUAAAGAUUGGAGUUAGUUUCGCUAAAUCUUUAGCAAGUCAAUUAAAGAUUCCUAUCAUACCGAUUGAUCAUAUGGAGGCUCAUGCACUGACAGCUCUGUUUACAGAUCCCCAGUUAAAAUUUCCCUAUAUAAUCCUCUUAAUAAGUGGUGGUCACAGUAUUUUGGGCAUUGUUCAAGGAUUAGAGGAUUACGUUUUAUUAGGUACAGGAUUAGAUGCCUCUCCAGGUGAUGUUCUUGAUAAGCUUUCUAGGCGUCUAAAACUAAAUCGUUUGUCAGAUGAGUGUUUGAAAGGCGUCGCAGGUGGUAAGGCUAUCGAAAUAAUUGCAAAGACUUAUAAUGGUGAUCACCAACGAUUCAACCUACCUUUACCACGUUCACAAUCUAAGGAUUGUGAUUUCUCAUUUAGUGGAAUCCAUGUGGCUGCAGAACAGUUGAUCAAUAAAUUGGAAUCUGAAAAUCAUGGUAGUGGGCGCACUUUAUCGAUCCAAGAUAUUGCUGAUGUUUGUGCAUCUGUACAGUUCUGUAUGACGAGAUUAAUAUGUCGGCGUGUUCAACGUGCUAUUGAAUAUUGUUUGUUGAACACUGAUUUCAGAGCCAGUGUAAUUAGAAAUCACCCUACAGCUUUGGUUGUUUCUGGUGGGGUUGGUUCUAAUUGUGUUAUUCGUGCCGGUUUAACUGAGGUAGCUAAUCAUUAUAAUUUGAGAUUUGUGGCUCCUCCACCAAGUCUAUGUACUGAUAAUGGGAUUAUGAUAGCAUGGAACGGAAUUUUACUUCAAAAGGAAAAUUCUUCUCGUAUUAUGGAGGAUAUCUCUUCUGUUGAUUUCUGUCCAAGAUCUACAUUUGGUGUUGAUUGUCGAGAAGAUGUAAAACAAGCUAAUAUAUCAAUUGAACCAAUUAAACUAUCCAAUACUAUUUUCCAGUCAUAA